CCGAGUAACUCAGCAAAAAAUUAGGGCACACCGAAAUAGACAUGACUUUCGCAUCCGCUGGUGGAAAGUUCAUUGAUAGAGAUUCGUUAGCUGAAGAUGAGUAGAAUUUCUCGCAAUGGUAUUCCCUUUCUCUCUUACUUUGCUAUUUCCCGUUCUUCUUCGUCAACUACUGUUAGAGUUUAUUCUUCAAGUCAUAGUAAUAUGUCCAUUUCGGCAAAGGGUAAAUUUGGGGUAAAUAGCAAGCUUGAGAAUGUCAAGUGUUUAGAUGACGCUGUGACUCUCUUCCGUCAAAUGGUCAGAAAGCAGCCUCUUCCUUCUGUUUUCGAUUUCUCUAAAUUAUUUAAGACUAUGCUAAGUAUGAAGCAUUACUCUGCUGUUGUUUCUCUUUUUCGAGAAAUGCAGAAAUUGGGUAUCCCAAUUAAUGAUUUCAUCUUGAGUAUCGUGAUUAACAGUUAUUGCUUGAUGCAUCGUGUUGAUUGUGCAUUUUCGGUGUUAGCCAUUUACUUGAAGAAAGGCAUUCCGUUUGAUGUUGUCACCUUUACCACCCUAAUUAGGGGAAUCUUUGUUGAAAAUAAGGUCAAAGAUGCAGUUAACUUGUUCAAAAAGUUGGUGAGAGAGAAGAUUUGUGAGCCUAAUGAAGUCAUGUAUGCAACCGUCAUGAGUGGGCUCAGCAAAAGGGGUCAUACUGAAAAAACUGUUAGUUUGCUCCGGUUAAUGGAACAAGGGAACACUAAGCCCGACAUAUUUAACUACAACAUUGUCAUAGAUUCCCUUUGCAAAGAUAGAAACUUAGAUGAUGCUAUCAGCCUUUUGAACGAGAUGAAUAAGAAAGGCAUUUGUCCGGACAUAUUCACAUUUAAUUCAUUGAUUGAUGGUUUGUGUAAGUUUGGUCAGUGGGAAAAGGUUAGGACUUUAUUCUCUGAGAUGUUAAACCUUAAUAUUUAUCCAGAUGUCUACACCUUCAGUAUGGUGAUUGAUGGACUGUGUAAAGAAGGGAAAGUCGAAGAUGCCGAGGAAGUAAUGAGACAUAUGAACGAAAAAAGUGUAGAGCCUGAUAUAUUAACUUACAAUGUGAUAAUGGAUGGAUAUUGUUUGCGUGGUCAAAUGGAUAGAGCGAGGAGAAUUUUCGAUUUCAUGAUAGAUAAGUGCAUUGAGCCUGGCAUUAUUAGCUAUAACAUACUAAUAAAUGGAUAUUGUAAGAAAAAGAAGUUGGAUGAGGCCAUGCAGUUGUUUCGUGAAAUUUCUCGAAGGGGAUCAAAGCCUGAUAUUGUUACCUUCAAUACGAUAUUGCAAGGUCUGUUUGAAGUUGGAAGAAUUGGCGAUGCAAAAAAGUUCUUUGCUGAGAUGCUAUCUAUAGGACAUGUACCUGAUUUAUACACUCAUUGCACUUUACUCAAGGGUUAUUUUAAGUAUGGACUUGUUGAAGAAGGUGUGUCACUCUUUAAUGAGUUGGAAAGAAAGAGAGAAAAUGCUGAUAUUGAAUUUUACAAUGUUGUCAUUAAUGGAUUGUGCAAAAAUGGUAAACUUGACAAAGCUCAUGCUAUUUUUGAAGCGCUUUCUUUAAUUGGACUACUUCCGAAUGUGAGAACAUACACUAUAAUGAUUAAUAAAUUCUGUCUAGAAGGGUUGUUAGGUGAAGCUAAAGAUAUGCUAAGAAAAAUGGAGGACAACAAUUGUUUGCCCAAUGGUAUCACUUACAAUGUUAUUGUUCAAGGAUUUCUCAGGUGCAAUAGAAUUAGUGAAAUGGCAAUUCUUAUGAAGGAAAUGGCUGGAAGGGGCUUCUCAUUUGAUGCAACUACAACUGAGUUAUUGAUAAACGUUAUAAGGGAGAAUCCAUCCGUCCUUGACAUGAUACCAGAGCUUCACUUGGAAAAUAAGCAUUGAAUAUUUAUUUUGCUUGUUUUAUUCGCCUAUAGUAUCACUAUGAUACAGCUUCCGUUUAUCCCUGCAAAGGUAUGUCAUCCAAUGCAAUUGCAGAAGCUGAUAAAAGACAAUUAGAACGUUGCUUGAGCUUUCCAGGCAGGCCUAUUGACGAGAACAAGCUUAUCACGGUCACACUCACGCCAAAAAUUGAAGUUCUGAAAGCGAUGCAACUGUUAAAAGCCCUUGACAUCCUUCAUUCACUUGCAAAAAUUGGGUCAUUUCCUCCAUUUCACAGUCAUUACACCUUCUUUUCAAAGGUAUGUUCCAUCCUUGUGGAGACUAAUGCACUUCUUCUGUUGCGUGAUGAUUAGUUGCAAAGCUGAAAAUCUUGGGAAACUACUCGAGUGGUCUGUUCCCUAUCCAAUUUGGCAUCUCCGAGUUCAAUGUGAAAUUGCUCUGAGAAUUUACCCCAUAAGUUUCUUAAAUAUUUCCAAUUUGGCAUCAGCAUCUUUAUUGUUCUUCUGCUCUUCUUCUACGACAAGAGAAUGGUGGGGGUGGGGAGCAGGCCCCGAACCCGGAACAUGGGAAGAACCAGGCUGAUCCGGGUAUGUGUUUGCACCAUAAUGAGUGAACAAGUAUUUCACAAUUCUCUAAAUACCCUUGUUGAAAUAAACCCCUAACCCUCUCCAUGACUUCGCUCCCUCACUCGUUACACAAUAUUUUUCCAAAACCCAGCAACAUCAUCGGCCACCACCAUUAAGAACAUCUCAGUCUUCAUCUUUAUCGAUUUUAUAUUUUGGGGCAGACAACUUAUUUUGACACAAUUCUAACUUUUUUAGCUAAGAGCAUAAAAUGACUCCUUGGAACGUUCUUACAAUGUGAUAGAUUUCUUUGAAUAACUAGGUAUCAAGGCCCAUCUUUUUGGAUCCAACACAUCAACGAUGUUUCUUUUACUUAUUUGAAUUCCAGUUUAGAUAGUUAAUUUUUUUUAUUAAUUAGCAACAAAGAAAAUUCUAUUAAAUGUUUGUUUCUUAUGUAUUAUUCCAUCAUUUUCUGUAUUAUUUAAGUAUAUUUUUUUCCAACAAACUUUAAUCAAAUUAUUAACUUUUAUAUUAUAGCUUAUGAUUAUAUUUUAGCUUAUCAUAAAAUAAUUGAUAUUUAUCAAAAAUAAUUUAUUCUAAUCAAUUUGUAUUAAAAAUAAGUGAGACGUAAAUUAUUUUGCAUUUGAGUCAACUUAGAAUUUAAAACCUUGUAAAAAUUGCGUCUUUAUUAGUGUCAACAACAUUAAGGGCAGUUAUGUUAUUUUAACCGAAAAAGGUGUUUAUUAACGGUUUAUUAUCAGUUCUAACACUUUUAUCCAAACAUGUAACUGCUUAGUUAUUAAAUCAGCUUCAACACUUAAAUCCGCUAAGCCAAACAGGCUCUAACUGAUAACCCACUAUUUGCUCCCUCUGCUCCUGCGUAACAAACAAAAAUUGUGCAAAAUUAGGGCACACCGAGAUAGAGCAGCGCUCACAUCCACAGAAAUUAGGCCAUCGAAGAUGAAGAAAAUUUCUUUGCGUUACUCUUGCAGUGGUCAACGAUGCAGUUGAACUGUUCAAAAAGUUGGUGAGGGAGAAAAAUUGUGAGCCCGAUGGAGUCAUGUAUGCAAUCACCAUGAAUGGGUUCAGCGAAAGGGGUCAUACUCAAAAACAAAUCUAUGUUUGCUCUGUUUAAUGGAACAAUAAGUUGUUGAUAACCGCAUCAGGCACAUUCCUGUUGUUGAUUAGAGGUGUAUGAGGUGUCCGCUUGAGAUGUUGUCUGUGCUGUAGCAAGUGAGCAUAGGAACAGGUUGAACCGUGUAAAUGCUUACAUAUGACUUAUGAGGAGGUUACUAGAUGAUGAUGCUAAUAAAUAAAUGAAUCAAACGCUUGAUCUUGUAUA